AAGGUUUUGUGCAAGUUUUAAAUGCGACGCAUAUUAAUUUAAUCGAUGGACAAUAAUAAGAAAGAAAUGGCUUAAAGAACUCUGAUCAGGUAUAAUAUUAUGAAUAGCAUUAGAAAAAGCUUCAGACAGAAGUCGAAGAGCAUCCUUGGAGAAGGAUCGUUUGGAACGUCGCACAAGGUGGUAAAGGAUAAUGCCGUGGUAGUGAAGAAGAUAUCUGUCGUAUCAACGGAUCAAGAAAUGGAUACCUUCUGCCAAGAAUAUCAAAGGCUUGGAAAUUCCCUAAAGGAAAAAAUCUAUUUCGCAAGGCUCCACAGCGUUAACUUGACAACAAGAAAGGGUCAAUCUCGCCUGGAGUGUGUAACGGAGUUCAUGGAGUAUAAUCUCCCUAGUUUCAUUAAUCGUGAAGAUACAGCACCCAAGAUAUUCGUUGAAGAUAUCUCAAGGAUAACUAGACAAGUUGCUAAGGCUUUAAAUUUCUUACACGAUCCAGAACAGGGGACUAUCAUCGUACAUCGUCACCUCACACCUAACAACAUUCUUAUUAAGAUUGAAGAAACAGGGAAGCUUCGGGCAAUGAUUGCUGAUGCGGGUCUGGCUCAGACAUUUGAAAAAUCUUUUGCGUCGAUGAAAAUAACGGUAGAUGAGGACAGAUACAUGGCUCCUGAGAUACACGGAAACAUUUGCAACCAGAGGAUGGCGGAUAAAUUCAGCCCAGCCGUCGACGUAUUCUCCUUGGGGAUUAUAUCGCUGGAAAUGUGUAUUGGACAACCCCCUGAACCUCUUCUGACCAGCCAACAAGUUCAAAGCGAUCUACAAAACAUGGAUGACCAUCAUCCUCUGAAAGGACUUUUGCUAUCCUGUUUACAAGUGAACCCAGAUGACAGAAUCUCCGCUCUAGAGGUUGCUCGAAGAUUAAAACGCGAUGAAAAUUUUAAGAAUGAUGUUAUUCGAUACGACAUCCAAGAGAUGAAAAAGGUCCUAGUUUCUCAUUACGAUGUAUGGAAGGCUGUUCGAGCAAGGACUAUCGAGAAUAUACAAGAACGAGAUUUAGAAGAUGUCAUCAAAAAUCUGAACAAGGUUCAUCGAAAUGUAGGCAUCGCUAAAGCCUCAAGCUCGACUGCUGCAUUGAUCGGAGGAGGCAUAGCUCUUGGGGGAUUCAUAGCUUCAUUUUUCACGGCUGGUAUUGCAAUACCGGUCAUGAUUGCUGGAGCAGCAAUGGCAGCAACUGGGGGCCUAUUUACCGCAGGAUCACAAGCAACUGGGAAAGUCAUAUCAAGAGCACAACUAAAGAACAUCCGUGGAGACAUUGCAGAUGACAUCUUGGAGAGUCAGUCUCUUCGCAAAGACUUUGACAAGUUUGACGCAUUGUUUGAAAGAAAUUUUGAGAGAUAUAUUUCCCAAGACCAAGAAAGACAGGACGAAGAGAUAUACGGCUGUUUAAAAAAUGUCUUGGAUUUACCAAACUUUGACGAUUUCAUGUUAAGCAACAAUAUGAAGGUUGGGGGAAUAAGAAGUGUCUUUUCUGCCUUCACGGCUGCUUCGUUGACAACUAAUGUCGGUGUUCAGGGGACUCGAUUAGCGACGGCCGCUUUUCAAACUCUUUCAGUGGCAGGUCGGGCUGCACAUCUCUUGGGUGGAAUCAUGUCAGCCAUAUCUAUCCCUAUAGAUAUCUAUUUCAUCUAUACGUCUAUCGAUGAACUCAAGAAAGAAUCUGAGUCAGAGGCUGCCAAAGCUAUUCAAGAAUUAAAUGAAGGAAUGGUUUUGAAUGAAAGAAGCUCAAAAGAUUUCGUUGAAGAUUACAUUAACAUGAAAGUGCAUACCCUAAUAAGGGAAAGACAGCAUCAGCGUCAAAUACAUCAGAAUGAAGCACAGGAACACGACGAAGGCGAACAAAACAUAGGUGGACUGACCAUGAUAGGCAUAGAAAAGAUGGCAGGACCAGAAGAUUAUGAAGGCUUCUAUGUAGGAAAUAGCUGCUUUUACGCGUGAAGUAUAGUGCCGCAAAAUACACCCUUUCUCAUUUCAUUUCUCCAAUGAUCCACUCCCCUCCUUUCCUAAACGCCCACUCUUACAGUACAUUCUGCCCAUUGCCAAUGUUUAUUGGAGAGUUUUGCCCGCAGGCUGGUGCCUCACAAGAGAACACAGGGUCCCCAUCGAGGUACAUUAUUGCACCAAUUUCCAACCCCGUAAAAUCCCCAUACCAAUCAAAAAUCAACCCAUUAAGAAAUCCUUAGUAAAGGCCAGACACUAGAUGUAGUCAUUGCCAGGGUUUUUUACGUCCUCAGUGAUUCUUUUACGUCCCUCCUUUUAAGCGUCAGGUAGCGCGGAGAGCCGGACGGAACCGCCAUUUUACGUGGUCAUUCCAGCCACGUGUACGAGCCGAGUUUGUAUUGCAGUGCAUUGUGGGACUGCUUUAGGGGACGCGCGCAAUAGAUGAUGUCUCGGAAAUAUGUCCCACAAUGCACUUCAAUGCCAACUCGACCCAGUUUUUCUCAACCUCGGAAUGGCUAAUAAGACAGUAGGGUGUAAAAGUAAUAGCCAAAAAAAGUAGUUUUAAACUAGGGUUUUAAACUAGUUAUACUUUUGGCUGUCGUUAUUGUUGCUUGUUCGUUAGAAGAUUCUAGAAUAAUGUACAAGUGAUAGAAAUUCUAGAAAGUUCUAGACCUAGAUAAGUUUUAUGCUUAAAGUUAAGCAUAAGUUCAUAUUUCAGAACGUUCUAGAAAAUUAUUAAAAAUAGGCAUGAUGUUGCUGCAUGCUGCUCUUAGGCAGGGCCUUACGCUUUUGUUGCGACUGUUGCUGUUGUUGGACGUAAGACUGUUUUUGAUACUACUGCUGCUGCUGUUGUUUAUCAAGGUCGUUGCUAUUGUAGCUGCUACUGUUGUUGGUGCUGCUGUCGUUGCUGUUGCUGCUAUUCUUGCUACUGUUAUUUAUAUAUUAUUACUAGUUUUGUCAGCACUGAACAGAAUCGGCACCACUCACCUUUAUCUUGA